AUGGCAGAAACAACACAACAUAUCCGUAUCAAUGGUAUGACAUGUCAAAGUUGUGUAAAAAAUAUUGAAAAUACAGUAAAUAAAUUAACUGGAGUUGAAUCAAUUAAAGUUUCAUUAGAAGAAAAAUUGGGCACGGUCAUUUUCAAUUCAAAUGAUAUUCAUAUAAAUGAUAUUGUUAAACGUAUUAAUGAUAUGGGCUUCGAAGCUGAACUUAAUCAAAUAAAUAUAAAUGACAAUCUUGACCUUGAGUUAGGUGGAAUAUCAGAUGAAAAUAUUCCGACUGCUAUUGAACGUAUAUCAUCAAUAGAUGGAGUUUUAAAUGUUAUUUUUCCUUUGAAAAAUGAUAGUUCACAUGUUAUAAUAUCCUAUGAUAAAAAUCAAACAGAUCCCUAUAGAGUUUAUCAAAAAAUUCAAUCAAUUGGCUAUAAAGUUAAUCCAAAAUUAGAAAAUAUUUCUCGAGCUUAUUUACGAGUACAAGGAAUGCAUUGUAAUUCAUGUGUUAUGAAUAUAACACAAACAGUUGAAGAUUUACCAGGUAUACAUCAUAUUAAAGUAUCAUUUGAUGAUCAAUCAGCAAAUAUUUUAUAUGAUCCAAAUAUUAUUCCUUUAUCAACUAUUAUUGAUGAAAUUCAAGACUUAGAUUUUCAAGUUGCUAUCAUAAUACCCAACGAAAUCGAUAAAUCAAAAGAUACAACUGAGAGUUCGCCUGUGCCGAUAUUGGCAGGUGAAACUAUUCGCCGAUCAACUCGAACUAUAAAUGUUCAACGAACAAAUAAUAAUGAUGAUUCAGAAAUUUGUUUUAUAAGUAUAAUCGGCAUGACAUGUGCUAGUUGUGUUGAUUCUAUCCAACGAAAUCUUGCUAAAGUUGAAGGAAUUCAAUCUGUACUUGUUGCACUUUUGUCAAGUAAAGCUGAAGUCAAAUAUAAUCCUGAAUAUAUCAUUCCAUCUCAAAUUGCUCAUUUAAUCAAUGAACUUGGCUUUCGUGCUGAAGUACUUGAAGUAAUGGAACGUGGUGUAGAUAUGAUUGAUUUAAAUAUUGAAAACAUGACAUGUGCAUCUUGUGUACGAAAAAUUGAAACAUCUAUUGCAAAAUUACCUGGAGUACAUAGUGCUGAAGUUGCAUUAUUAACUCAUCGUGGUAGAUUUAAAUAUGAUUCAUCACAAAUUGGUCCAAGAGAUAUUAUUCGUGAACUUGAUGCUAUUGGUUUUCCUGCAGCUUUAAUAGAUGAAGAUUCCAAAGCAUCCAGUUCCGCUAAAAUCCAUCAUCGUGAAACUCUACGAUGGAGAAAUUCGUUUUUACUUUCGGCAAUUUUUGGCAUUCCAGCUAUGAUAAUAAUGAUGGCAUUUAUGUUUAAAUGGAAUCAUGAAGAUGCACCACAAGUAAUACGUGGUCUGUCCUUAGAAAAUCUUAUUAUGUUUCUCCUAUCAACACCGGUCCAAUGGAUAAGUGGUCGUUAUUUUUAUAUUCAAGCAUUUAAAGCAUUAAAACAUCGUUCAGCUAAUAUGGAUGUUUUAAUUGUUAUGGCAACUACUACAGCAUAUGUUUAUUCAUGUAUUGUUGUUAUAUUUAAUAUUACACAAGGUCUUCCAAGUCCAGUCACAUUUUUUGAUGUACCACCAAUGCUUAUGAUGUUUGUUGCACUUGGUAGAUGGCUUGAACAUAUAGCUAAAGGAAAAACAUCUGAUGCUCUAACAAAAUUAUUAUCAUUACAACCUCCACAAGGUUUAUUAGUACGUAUAGAUGAACAAACUGGAACAAUUAUUGAAGAAAAAACAAUUCUUGCUAAACUUAUUCAACGUAAUGAUAUAUUAAAAGUUUUACCAGGUGGAACAAUUCCUACUGAUGGUCGAGUUAUUGAAGGUACAUCAACAUGUGAUGAAUCUUUAUUAACAGGUGAAGCAAUGCCAGUUGAAAAAACUGUUGGCUCACAAGUUGUUGGUGGUACAAAGAAUUUAAAUGGUAUGCUUUUAAUUUGUGCAACACAUGUUGGUCAUGAAACAGCACUUAAACAAAUAAUUAAAUUAGUUGAAGAAGCUCAAACAUCUAAAGCACCUAUACAAGCAUUAGCCGAUACAAUUGCUGGUUAUUUUGUACCUGUUGUUGUUGGUGUUUCUUGUAUAACAUUAAUAUCUUGGAUUGUUAUUGGAUAUACUCAUUAUGAUCAAAUACAAAAAUAUUCAAUGUAUCAUCAUUCUAUGAUGGGUGGAAAUUCUACAAUGAAACAUCAUCCAGGAAAAGAACCAACUAAAAUAGAAGUUGUACUUGAAUUAGCAUUUCGUUUUGCAAUUACCGUUCUUUCCAUUGCUUGCCCAUGUGCACUUGGCCUUGCAACACCAACAGCGGUUAUGGUUGGUACUGGUGUUGGUGCUUCUCAAGGAAUUCUUGUUAAAGGUGGUGAACCUUUAGAAGCCGCUCAAAAAAUUCGUACCAUCGUUUUCGAUAAAACUGGUACAAUAACACAGGGUAAACCAACAGUUGUCGAUAUACGUCUCUUUCUUCAAAAUGAUCCUUAUUGGACAUUAAAACGUUUAUUAGCAAUAGCUGGUACAGCUGAAAGUGGUUCGGAACAUCCAUUAGGUAUGGCUAUACGAAAAUCUUGUAAAGAUUAUUUUGGCCGAGAACAAUUUGGGCAUUGUGAAGAUUUUAAUGCUGUUUGGGGUUAUGGUUUAAGUGCAAAAGUUAGUCAAAUUGAAUUUUUAAUGGAGAAAAAUAAUGGUGCAGGUGAUAAUGUAUCAUUAAAUGACAAAACUUAUGCAGUUUUAAUUGGAAACCGAGAAUGGAUGGAAAGAAACAGUAUCCAUGUAACUUUUGAAAUUGAUUCAGCUAUGACAAAACAUGAACAUGAUGGUCAUACGGCUGUAUUAAUUGCUAUUGAUGGUAAAAUUAUCAGUAUGAUUGCAAUUGCUGAUCGUAUAAAACCAACAGCACCAUUAACAAUAUUUGCUCUUCAAUCUAUGGGUCUUGAAGUUUUACUUGUAACCGGUGAUAAUGUGAAAACAGCUCGUGCAAUAGCUGCACAAGUCGGUAUAAAAAAUGUCUAUGCUGAAGUAUUACCAACACAAAAAGAACGUUUUAUUGCUACAUUGAAAGAAAAUAGUCGUAAAGGUGAUAAAGUAGCAAUGGUUGGUGAUGGUGUUAAUGAUUCUCCGGCAUUAGCUCGUGCUGAUGUUGGUAUUGCUGUUGGUACAGGAGCUGAUGUCGCUGUUGAAGCUGCAAAUGUUGUUUUAAUUCGUGAUGCACUUGAAGAUGUUCUCGGUGCAAUACUUUUAUCAAAAAUAACUGUUCGAAGAAUACGAUUAAAUUUUUUAUUUGCAACUGUUUAUAAUCUCAUUGGUAUACCUGUUGCUGCUGGUGUAUUUCUUCCAUUAGGAGUAUCUUUGAUGCCAUGGAUGGCAUCAGCUGCUAUGGCAUUAUCUUCGGUUAGUGUUGUUAUGUCAUCAUUAAUGUUACGAAAUUAUCGUAAACCAGAUAUACAAACGUAUGAUAAUCAUGAAUUUAUUCUUUGGUCGAUGAAUAAAGGAAAAAAUAUUAAUGUUCAUCGUGGAAUUGAUGAUCUCGAACGAACACCUAAUGGUUCAUUGGUAUCAAGUUUACGUGGCAGUCGUCUAGCACAAAUCUUCUCUGGAGCGGUUUCGGCUGUGAAACAACAAGCAUCGAAUUCAUUUUAUGAUAAACAAAAAGCUGCAUUAUUACUCAAUACAAAUUCAUUAGAUGAUGAUAUGGAAAUGCAUGUCGUAUGA